AUGUUGAUUGGUAUCGAAGUAUUCUAUGAGUUACUUUGCAUAGGUCAAGUUAAGUUGGGCAUAGACAUGCCUUUACUUCAAAAAACCGUUCUGGGAUGGGUAGUAUCUGGGCCAUUAAGUUUAUAUCCUAGCAACAAUAGGUGCACGUCGAUUUGCAAUCUUUCUGUGAACAAUGAUAAUAUUCAGCGUCAAUUAGCCUCAUUCUGGGAGAUUGAGGAGAUACCUACGGAAAGGCCCAAAUCGGUCGAAGAAAAUUCGUGUGAAACACAUUUCGUAAAUACUACGAGACGUGAUACGGAUGGCCGUUUUAUAGUUUCUAUCCCAUUCAAAGACAGUGUGAGUAAGCUUGGCGAUUCUAAGUUUAUAUCUGAAAAACGAUUCCAUAAACUGGAAAAACGGUUAGUCACAGACUUGAACUUCAGGGAAAGUUACAAUGAUUUUAUGAAAGAGUAUGAAGUGCUCAAUCACAUGGCGCGUGUAGACGCGAUGAUUUGA